AUGCAAAUUGACCCCAGAGCCAUUCCGUUUGCCAAUGAAGAGCUGUCGCUAGAGCUUUUGAAUUUAGUAAAGCACGGGGCUAGCUUACAGGCAAUAAAGCGUGGGGCCAAUGAGGCGUUAAAACAGGUGAAUAGAGGAAAGGCAGAGCUUGUAAUCAUCGCUGCCGAUGCAGAUCCCAUUGAAAUAGUUUUGCACUUACCACUUGCAUGUGAAGAUAAGGGGGUACCAUAUGUUUUUAUCGGGUCAAAGAACGCGCUUGGACGUGCCUGCAAUGUAUCUGUCCCUACCAUAGUGGCCAGCAUUGGUAAGCACGAUGCUCUCGGCAAUGUGGUGGCAGAGAUAGUAGGGAAAGUGGAGGCACUGGUAUGA